AUGCAGACCUCCUGCUAUCCCCCAUUCAGCUGGUCUAGUAGUAGUAAUUUUGAAGUAAUCACAAAUUCAGACCUAGACACUUGGCCUAAUACGUUAACAUCCUCCACAAUAAAUGAAAUUAACUUUACCAAAUGGAGAAAAAAAUGGUUUGUGCAUUCGAAUUCUGAAUUCUCCUGGAAAAGAACAUUUAAGGCAGGAACUCAAAAAAUUCAUGACCGCUAUCUUGGGGAAAACAUUCAAAACGAACUCAUAAAUUUGCUUGCCAACAAAGUAAAAAACAUCAUUGUUAAUUAUGUAAGAGAAAGUAAAUAUUUCUCUGCCAUACUUGACUGUACUCCUCAUAAAAGCCACAAUGAAUCAAAAGCAUUCCCAUUUUUUGGCGUAAUUCAAAGAAUAUAUGUUAUUUUCAAUGCAUCCACUCCGAAAUGGGAAAUCUUAUUGAACUUUACCAGUGAAGCAGCUUUCAGGCAGUCAAUGGGAAAGCAGGGUGGAGAAUGUCAAAGCUAUAAGAUAACAUUGAAAGAUAUAGCUGAAAGUUUACAGAUUGAACCAAAAUUUGGAGAAAAGAGAAUUGACAAGAUUGGCAAGCAAUUUGAUUAUGAAGGUGAUGACAUGGUUGGCAGAGCUCAACCUUCAGAGGAGAAAUACAAAAUCGAUUUUUUCUGCCCUGUAAUUGACACAGUGUUAAAAAGUUUGAAGAAAGGUUAUACAGGUCAAAAAACUGAAAAUGCUAUGAAAAAUCUUGAGAAAGGGCUAAGUGUGAACAUAAACGGUGAAUGUUCGAAAGACAUUGUUGCAUCAGACCUUUUGACAGAAAUUAAAGUGUUCCGAGAAACAGUGCCCGAGGAUGUGAAAACUCCUAUGUUAAUAUUGAAAUAUUUGAAUGAUAUUGGAAACUCAUUUCCCAACAUCUGUUUGGCUACAGAAUUUUGCUAA